GGAGACGCUCUCGUUUCAGAUGUGAGCGUUGCGUCUUUACUCAACUGGGCAUUUGAGUAGUUGUUCUCUAGUAUCAUUCUUAAGUGAAUCAUGUUUAUGAAAAACAAAUCUUCCUAUUAUUUUAAUUUCAACCAGAAAAAAAGUAUCCAACACUAUAUUCAUAUUUGAAUGUCUAAGUAGGAAGAUCCUAUGGUUUUAUUCAUAUAUAACGUAUAGUUAGUUUUCUCUCCAUAUUUCUUUACAAAUGAAGUAGGACACUUGUCCUCUUCUAAAUAAUUCAAUACAUCAAGGUGUUUUAAUAUUUAUGAACUUCUGAAGUCUUGUGAAUUCAGAUUUAUCUACAUUAUUUAAGUAAUUGUUAUCUUUCGUAUACAUGUAUCUAUUUCCUACACCUCAACCACUUAUGUUUUCAAACAAGAUGUUGUAAAUACAUGCAAAUAUGGGAUUCAGUUCGUUACUGCUAUUUUGGGGUUGUCUUUCGUCAACACAUCAAAGUGGCUACUACGUUAGUGACGAUAUUUCCGCAAUGGUUUUCAGAUAUGACAGCAAAUACUAUUUUAGGGUUUCAUAGUCACAUUUAGUUCCACAUUCAAGUGGCCAAAAUAUUUCGCCGGGCGGCUAUGAUGUCAGGCCAUGCCUUUACCUUAGUAAUGUACAUUAAUCCCUAAACUUCCUUUUAUUCUUCAAAAUGCAUAGUGAACUUAUUUCAGGAUCGAAACUAUCUAUAGUCACAGCUUAAUACCCAUGAUUAUUGAUAAGGACAUGACAGAAAAAAUGAAUUUCAAACUACCUUAUCACUGGUUUGUUGAUGUGUAGUCCCUAAAUGUAAUAUGAAAAGAUAAAAGUCAGUCCUUAUUUCUCAGUUCAGUCUGUGAUUUUCCUCCAGUCAAAUUCAACGCAUUUCGUAGAUUCAAGCUGUUCUAAGUGAAUUUACGUGUAUUCCAUUUUUAUUUAGUUUUUGUGAUUCACAUCGCUUUUUUUCUCUACGAUUUGUGUUCAGUGAUAAUAACUCAAUUCACAAAUCAUGUGUUUUAAUCGAUACAUAACUGGUUAACUUGAAUACGGACGUUAUUCUUUCGGGAUUUUGACCUACAAAUCCCCCAUGCAAACUGGAUUUCUCACUAGUCAACGGAUCAGGGAAGAAAAACAUAGUAUUCUCGUUCAUCGUACUGAAUUUGGAGCUGUAAAAUGGUAGCUGGUUUGUGUAAAAACGUAUGAGGGUUCAGAUUUAUUCUGACUUGCACAGCCAAAUAAAAUAAUUAGCAUGUAGAGUAAGUAUAUAUCGUUCACAGGUGAGUACAUAAACAGACACUUAUGUAAAUAAGUUGCAUGAGCUAAACGUAUUCGUUUUGGAACCCUCAGCAACUCAUAACUCAAGUUAGUGACGUUUUUCAGCCCAACAAAUUGUCAGGCGUGUUUCAUUUUAUGAAUGUGAUGAGAUGCAAAAUACCAUAGAUAUGCAUUCUGUUUAUUUGUUCAUUAAAAAAUGCCGUGGGUGUUUUACAUCGGACGCAAUCGUGGUACAUACAUGGUAUCGCGUUCUGUAAAACUGGGUUUAAGAUCACUAUACACCUUAAAGUUUCUAUUGUUUUUUUAUGUUAGUGUAAAUAUUGGAGUCACAGCAAUUGCAGUAAAGUUUAUUCAUCAAGCAUCUCACUGGUAGUGCCGCAACACAAAUGAAUGUUGUUAAUACUUCUUUUGGUUGUCUUCAUUUGAACUUCAAAACUCGCUGCUUUACCCCCCCCCCCAUGUUUUCGCUUUGCGCUUCAUCUGUUUAUAGCUAUUGUGAAACCUAUCUCUUUUGGUCGAAAAAUAAUCUACACCCAACAAAUGUUCAUUUCACCCAACAACUCAUCGAAUUUGUAUCUUUGAUAAUAAUUGUUAUGCUGUAAAAAUGAAAUUGGUACCUUCUUCCAUGUAUUUGAGAUUCUAAAGAUUUUCACCCUGGAAAAAUGGAGGAUAAAAGUGGCAGCUAUACACCAGAGAAACUUCGCCAAAUAUUCAACUUUCCGUUUAAGGAAAGAGAAGUGAUUCAUUAUUUUUGUUUUCUCGUCAGUGGGAAGGAGUCACGUCCGGGUUGGAUGAUCCUAACUUUGAAUUACUUAUGCUUUUAUCCUAACGUAUUUGGUACCAAAGUAUGCACACCCUGGAUUCACAUUACUUCUGUCUUCCAAUCACGAUUGUACAAAACUUGUGUACAAACACGCAAUCAGACAUAUCGCUUUGUUAUCCCAGCAGGUUCCGAUGAAGCACUUCAUAUGAUUUUGCAAUUGGCUAAUUAUGGUGUUAGACAGCUCUUGGUCGAUGACUGUUAUACAAGUUGGUCGCAGUUCGAUUUACAUCUAAAAAUUUUACUUACUCAGAACUCGUCCAAUUUAUUGGAUAAGUUGGAUGUACUAAUCCGUAGUCAACAUUUUCAAGAUUCGUUUCAUUUACCUGCAUAUGAAAUUAUAGAAACUUCUUUUGAUUGUAAACUGCAACGGUUGGAUAAUACUGAAACUAUUUCUGGGAAGAUGUUUUUGUCUCCUCAAUUUAUUUGCUACUGUUCGUCGGGUGAAAGCACUAAGAUUAUUCUUCCUCUGCGUGAAAUAAUUUCAGCCGAAGAAUUUCCACAAAGUGAUUCAGCUUCCACAGGAGGAGUUAUCAUUAUAACAGCUGAUAAACUUGUUUAUAUAUUUACUGGUAUCAUUGGAUCCGAGGAUAUUCUAAAGAAAAUUGGUAGUAAUUUGGAAGUAUCAAGAGGCGUCAAAUCCGAACCUUCAGAUAUCAUAACUUCAAUAGCAAGUUCGUUUAACGAUAGUCUAACAGCUAUUAGUUCAUCAGAUACUACUAGUCAGUUAAAUUUUUCAAAUGGAUCCGGAUGCUUCGCUAGUCGUUAUUCUUAUAAUAAUCCUUUCAGCGUAGAUAAUCCUGAUGCUGAAAAUAAACGUUUAGAUGAUUGGAAGGAAUAUUUUAAUGAGUAUGGUUCUGGUAUGUCGAUGUAUCGAAAUGAACGUCUUAAACACCUUGUUUUAAAUGGAUUACCUGAAGGAAAACGAGGAAGUUUAUGGAUGAUUUUAAGUGGAGCUGAAAAUGAGAUGUUUGCCAAUCCAGGCUAUUAUGAUAAAUUAAUCAACGGUGUUCAAGGAUGCAGUAAUUUUGUCAAUGAAGAAAUUGAACGGGAUUUACACCGUUCAUUCCCGGAACAUCCUGCUUAUCAUACACCAGAGGGUAUUCAGUCUCUGCGACGAGUUCUUACUGCGUAUGCUUAUCGUAAUCCUAGUGUUGGAUACUGUCAAUCAAUGAAUAUAGUAGCCAGUGUUUUAUUACUGUAUUGUACAGAAGAACAAUCAUUUUGGUUAUUGACAGCAAUCUGUGAACGUUUACUACCUGAUUACUAUGAUAGUCGUGUUGCCGGUGUACGUGUUGAUCAACAAGUACUUCACGCUUUAGUCGUUGAAUAUAUUCCAGAAUUAAAGUCAGUUUUACAAAUUCCAGUACAAGAUAGUUUGAAAAAUAUUGUCACUUCUGAAUAUAAUAUCGAAUCAAUGGUUGGCGGCUUUUCAACAGCUUCCAAUCAUCAUUAUAUGUGUCAGUCAUUAGGCUCAGAGUUAAUAAGUAUGCUACCAUUAAGCUGGUUCUUGACGCUGUUUUUAAAUACUAUGUCCUUUCAUUGUGCUGUUUAUGUUUUGGAUUUUUUCUUUUAUGGUGGAGCUCGUGUUAUUUUCCAAAUUGCAUUAGAUGUACUUCGUCAGCAUACAUCGUUUAUCAAGAAAUCUGUUGAACAAAAUGAUGACAGUAGUGUUUUAACUAAGUUGAAUGCAUAUUUUAAUAAAUUACGUCAUGAAGAUCAUACAUCAAAUGAAUCUAUAUAUAAUCUGUUAACUUCAGCUGAUCGGAAUUUCAAUAUUACAAAUGAACUUAUCGAUCGGAUGCGUUUACAAUAUAGGCCUAAAGUAAUUCAAUCACUUAGUGAUUACACGUCUAAAGAAGUUAUAAGAAGUUUAGAUCGUGAAUGUCCUGGCGAUCUGAUCUUGCUUUUUGAAUGUUACAGAGAUCAUUAUAUUCUUUCGAAAUAUGAGCGAAUCCAUCAAAUAGCACCAGCUAAAACUCAUAAUGAAACAAAUAAUCCAAAUCGUCCAGCUUAUGAUGUUCAUCGUAUUGACGCACGUCAAUUUAAUAGUCUAUUUCAGGGAUUAGUUCCAUGGGGUGCUGCAGCUCAACGUUUAGGCUUUCCAUGCUUUCAUCUAUUAGAUCAAGAUCAAGAUAAUCUAAUUAACUUUAAGAGUUUUGUUUGGUUAAUGGAAAGUAUAUGUGGUCAUGAUCUAAAUACAAAACUACGUUUAUUAUUUUUAUUACAUCGAUCUCCUUACUGGGUUACAUCUGAACAAGGAAAUGAAUCCAAGUGGAAUAUACUAGGUGGUAUGCUGCCAUUCAACAAUAUUGAAUGUUGUAAAAAAGAUAAUAAUAAUAAUUCUAUUUCUUGCGAUACAAGUAUUGACAGUUAUCAUAUCUGUUCUAAAUCAGAUUUCGAUACAGUAGAGAUCGGUACUGAUAUUAUUGCUGAGGAAUGUAUAGAACAACAGCACACAGUUGAUAAUAAAAAUGAUGAAGUUUCAAAACGUCAUGUUUCUGGAUAUGCUUUAGAAAUCGCACAUGAAAAAGCCGAUGAAAUUCCAAUUGUUAUUCCAGAUCCUUUAGGUUUUAUCAGCAAUAAAUACAGUUCAAGAGAUAUAAGUGAACAGAUUUCACUGAAUUAUAAUCAGUUUCAAUGUUUAACAGAGACAAUUCGAGUAAUCGUAGAAUGUGUAGACGAAGAUAAAGAAGAAAUGUUGGAUUCUGUCAAUUGUUUAUUCCUUGAAUUGUUCACACAAGAAUUACAAAAUGUUGAACGAUUUAAUUAUUAUACUUCAACCAGUUCAACUGACAACGUUAGUAUGCAUGGCACGGAAUGUGACGACGGACGUCCUAGUGUUGAAAGUAUGAUUCAGUCGUUUUGGAAAUUGAAAUUAAGUGAUUUUCAGAAAGCUUUCUGGAAACAGGUAUUGUUACGCGACCAUUUCUCCAAAGAACUUUCUAUUGAAAGACAAUGCUCUAAGUUUCGGGAUUGGCUUUAUUGUGGCUAAAAUUGUAUAUCCCUCAACUAUUUGACUGCUUUGGUCCUUCUCUGUGUUCUAAUGUCCCAUUAUCAUUGUAUUUCAAUAUUUCAUCCCUUCACUUCCGUACAUUGGUGUUAAUUCUGUACAAGUUUAUAGAUGUCUUUUUCUGUUUUGUUUUCAUAUUUUUGGUAAAGAAUUUAUUUAUUCACUCUGUAACUACAAUUUCUAUUGUUUUUAGAUAGUAUCGUUGUAUAAUUUUAUGGCUUCUCUGUUUUUUUAAUCAUUAUCCCUCCCCCUCCUUUCAACCCGGUAAUAUUGAUCGCUCUAAAUGAUUUGAACUUUUUAUAAAUAAAACCUUCAUUUGGCAAGAAUAAGUCUUUCCAAAAUAAAUUUAUUGUCUCUUUUAUUAAUGGUAAUAACUGAUACUUCAUGAUCACAUAUUGUCACAUACUGCGACAAUAUCUCAGUUCUUUUGUUUUCCUUUUUAACUGUUCAGCAGAUAAUCUGAUUAGCUCCUGUUAACUUAUUGUUAUUUGUUGCACUCUGCUUUUGUUGUUACAGAUGUUUUCUUUGCUGACUUCUUUUUUAAUAAUAUCAUAAAUGUUACUAAUUUCUCGAAUCUCAUUCAGAAAUACUUUAAAUAAAAUUGAUGCAGUAGAGUUUCGUAUUUAUUAACUUGAUGGUUAGUAAACAUGCAAUUCAGUUAGCCUUGAUUUUUCAUGUACUCAGGCGAUUGAUGUAUUUCUUUGGUGAUUCAAAUAUACUUAGUAAAAAAAAGAAUAUUCUCUUGUCAUCAAUGAACGCAUAGUAUUUUAUAUUCUCUUUCAUCUGCUUUGUCACUUGCAGGCCAAAGCUGAACAUGAAUUCACUGGCAGUCAAACUGACCAGUACAGACAGGUGCGACCCACCUCUUUAGGGUCCAAAAGAUCAUUGGAACUAAUAACUGAGGGUGUUAUAUUGUAUAGCUUCAAAUCGGACGUAAUAACGCCAGUACACCUACACUUCCUCACUUUUUAUUUAUUGAGUUUCAAGAUUAAUGUACACAUUCAAAUACAUGAUCUCAACCUCUUUUCCCAAAUAAUUACAUUCAUUGUUAGUGCUUCCUAAUAAUGCCGCUUGUAAUUCCACUACCCAGGGGUUUUUCUCAGUAAUUUUACCUCGUAGUGCUAAUGGCAGCACGAGUUGAUGUACAUAUUCGCGUGUCUAGGUCACGCAUAACUAACUGAGUACGUACUCAUACCACUGGACUGCUACUUAGUAGCAUUUCCGUAAAUAUACUCGACAGGUACUUGGAAUUUAUGACUUUUUAUACCGUAUGCAAUAUGAUUUCA